AUGAAUAGAGGAAGAGGACGGCAUCAUAAUUUUUCUAGACAAGCGAACACCACAGAAGAAUUUAAUUUACAUGAGGAAAAUAAAAGCACAUUUGUGGCAUUAACUUUGGAAAAUGAAUUUAAAAAAAGCAAUGACAUCUUAUUUAUAAUAGACUCUGGGGCAACGCAUCAUUUUAUCCAAGAAAAAUAUGAGAAGUACAUGUAUGACAUUCAAUUACUAGAUGAGCCGAUGAAGAUUAAAAUAGCCAAUGGUCAAUUUUUAGUUGCUAUCAAUGGAAUAAUAGUACCAGAAAUUUCACAUAAUUUGAUAUCAGUUUCUAAAUUAAUGGAAAAGGGUAUGACGAUAAUAUUUAAACAAGAACAAAUGAAAAUAUAUACUAAUGAUACACAUAGUAAUACACGCCAUAUUUAUAAAGAAGGAAAACUAUUUACUAUGAGGAUGCUAAUCAAACAAAAUGCACAGUGCAAUCAAGCUAUAGACAAAAAUGAUAUUUGGCAUAAAAGACUUGGACAUUUAAAUAGAAAAAGCUUACAAUUAAUGGACUUACCUUUUAGUGAUAAAAUAUGUAAUGAAUGCAUGAUGAACAAAAGUACCAGAAAACCAUUUUAUCCUGUAACAAAACCUCAAUCACAUGCUAUAGGUGAUCUAAUCCACUCUGAUAUAGCAGGUCCAAUGAAAACUACGACCAAUGAAGGAGAAAGAUACUAUCAAACUAUCAUAGAUUACUACUCACAUUUUACAUUUACAUAUUUAAUACUUUCU